GUCAUCCUGGCUCCAGAUGUUGGCACUAAUGUUAUAGUGCCAGAAUUGUAAGUCAUUCUGACGCCAUAGGAAAUGCACUUGUAGUACCAGUACUGCAGGUCAUCCUGGCAUUAGAGGAAUUAUAGAGCCAAUACUGCAGAUCAUCCUGGUACCACAUGCUGACACUUCUCUUGUACCAGUACUGCAGAUCAUCCUGGCUACUGCAGAUCAUUCUGGCAUCAGAGGCUGGCACUUCUCUUGUACCAGUACUGUAGGUCAUUUUGGCACCAGGGGCUGGCACUGCUCUUAUACCAGUACUGCAGACCAUUCUGGCACUGGAGGAAUUAAACAUUUGGAAAUUUGUGUCAACAUCAGUUUCAUGUUUGUGUAAGUGGUAUAAAUACUGAAAUAUGUAUAGUGACAAUUCUUAAGAUUUUAUAUAGCUCAUUAGUGUAACACUUUUCAUAGGAAAUAACAAAAUGAAGUGAAAUUUAGAUUAUAACAUAGAAAUAUAGUGGUGAUAGUUGCUAAGUAUGAAAGCUGAUUUGAUGUGGAUGAACAAGUUUCUGUUAAAAUAUUGGAUUGUAAAAUAAUCUAUUCAAAAUCUACAUUGAUUUAAGAAGCUGUUUCUAACAAUAUUUGUGAAGCAAUUGACCAAUAAGGUUCUUUUCAUAUCUUAUGGCAAGGAGUUCUAAGUUUUUGUUUUGACCUGUAUAGGUCAAAACAAAAGUGUGGUACAUACAUCAAAGAGAUACUUGUUCAUGGUAUUUUGUCACUGUUAUUGCAGCUCCGAGAAAAUUCAGAGGUUGUGAUUGAUUUUUGGGAUAAGUGUCCUGGUGAAAGAUACUAUAUAUGUGACUCUUGUAUAGUAGUAAUGAAUGCAUAACUGGUAUUAUGGUGAAGGUACUGUUUAUGUGACCAGUAGUAGUAAUAAAUGUAUAAAUGGUUUUAUGGUGAAGGAACUGUAUAACUAUUAUUCAGUAGUAACUGAUAUAUAACUGGUAUUAUGGUGAAGGGACUAUUAAUGUGACUAUUAUUCAGUAGUAAUAAGAAUAACUGAACUAUAUCUGGUAAUUAGUUUUUCAUCUGUGUUAUUCUACCUCACUUAUUUCAUCUUCGUGCUCUGUCUCAUUUUCAAGUACCUAUGUUGAUUUUGUGCUUCCAGAUAUAAUACAGCAAUCCUUGAUUUGAUAGACUUUGGAAAUACAGGACAAAAUCCCCUGGGUCAUUGGAUUUGGAAACAAUAAAAUCUGUUGGUUAUUGCAUUGUCUGCUAUUGUUACAAUCACAGCAAAGCUAUCUCAUCUAUCCACCACAGUUGCUAUUACUGGCCCAUCCCUCUAUUAUAAUUUGUAUUAAUUUUUUCUUCAUAAUAUUCCUGUCUGUUACAGUAAUUGUUCCAUACUCUGACACACGGUAGAGCUCCAAAAUAAAUAUACGAUAUAUCAUGUCAUUAAUUAGAAAAAUGUUAAUACAGUAACCAAAAAAAGAUGUAUUAAUGUUGAUAAGAACUUUAUUUCCUGCAUUCAUUGCUCAUUGUCAAAUUUAGUCUUAAUUGACCUGUAUAUGCAUGAUAUGAAAACAUUCUUUGUGCAUAUUUUAGACAGUUUGCAUAAUGGAACAUUUUAACAAUGACUUGAGCAUAUUAGAAGCACUAAGUCUGUGGCAGAGGGAAAAAACCAGUUCAUUGUUAUGCCAGCUGAAGAUUAUUAUUAUAAACCAUCUUGUGUAACAUGUAUGAGAGUUUAUAUAAUAUACAUUGUUUUAAAAGUGUUUUGAAAAUAUUUGAAAAUUGUUUGGAAAAUGUUAGCAACAAAUUUUUAAAUUCAUUUAGUUGUAUAAAAGAAAUUUUAAAGGUUUGCUUUUGAAGAUAUCUUGAUCUGAGGAACUGGAUCACCCUUCCUGUUUCUCAAGAACUGUGUACCCCUUAUAGGUUUGGCUCUUGCCCACAUUUUAAUAGUCAAACAGUAUUAGAAAAUUUUUGGUUUCUGACUAUGCUGAAAUGUUCACUAAAAUCUCAUCUGAUCAUUUAUUUUAUAUUUCAUAUGGAAGAUUAUUAGGCCAGUCUUAAUUAUGUCUAAAAUACUCAGAGAAGAAUGUGUUCAAGAAACAGAAAUUAUUGUCCACCCAGAAGACAAACUAUAUCAGUAUUCACAAUUUAUAAGAGACAUUUCACAAAAUUCUCAGCAUAUAUCUCUCAUGAAAGAUCAUGUAAGCAAAAAAACACUUCAGUGCUCAGUGUGUCUAAAUGAAUUUUCCCAAAAAUCUCUUUUGAAAUCACACAUGAGAAAUCAUACAAGAGAAAAACCUUAUCAAUGUUUACAGUGUUUAAAAGUUUUUUCUCAAAAAUAUAAUUUAACAAGUCACAUGAGAAUUCAUUCUGGAGAGAAACCAUAUCAGUGUUUAGUGUGUCUGAAAAAUUUUUCUCUAAAAACCACUUUAAACACUCAUACAAGAAUUCAUACUGGAGAGAAACCAUAUCAGUGCUCAGUUUGUCUAAAAGUUUUUUCUAGAAACCAUCAUUUAAUAAAUCACACAAAAAUUCAUACUGGGGAGAAACCAUUUCAGUGCUCAGUAUGUCAAAAAACCUUUUCUCAAAUAUGCAAUUUAACAAGUCAUAUGAGAACUCAUACUGGGGAGAAACCUCAUCAGUGUUCUGAGUGCCUAAAAGACUUUUCCCUAAAAUCUAGUUUAGUAAGACACUUGAGAACUCAUACCGGAGAGAAACCAUAUCAGUGUUCAGUGUGUUUAAAAUGGUUUUCAGAUAACUCUAGUUUAGUAAUACACAUGAGAAUUCAUACUAAAGAGAAGCCAUAUCAGUGUACAGUUUGUCUAAAAGACUUUUCUGAAAAAGGUCCUUUAACAUGUCACAUGAGAAUUCAUACCGAAGAGAAACCAUAUCAUUGUUCCGAAUGUCUAAGAAACUUUUCCCAAAAAUCUAGUUUAGUAAGACAUAUGAGAACUCAUACUGGAGAGAAACCAUAUCAAUGUUCAGAGUGUCUAAAAAAGCUUUCAGAUAAAUUUAGCUUAGUGAAACACAUGAGAAUUCAUACUGGAGAGAAACCGUAUCAAUGUUCUGAGUGUCUAAAACAUUUUUCUACAAAGCAUUAUUUAUUAAAUCACAUGAAAAUUCACACUGGAGAGAAACCAUAUCAGUGUUCAGUGUGUCCAAGUUUUUUUUUAGAUAAAUUUAGUUUAGGGAAACACAUGAGAAUUCAUACUGGAGAGAAACCAUAUCAGUGUUCAGAGUGCCUGAAAGAGUUUUCAGACAGAUCUAAUUUAUUAAAACACACAAAAAUACAUUCCUUGGAGAAACCAUAUCAAUGUUCAGAGUGUCUAAAAGGCUUUUCCGAAAAAUCUAGUGUAGUAAGGCACAUGAGAAUUCAUUCUGGAGAGAAACCAUAUCAUUGUUCAGAGUGCCUAAAAGAAUUUUCUGAUAAAUCUAGUUUAGUAAAGCAUGUGAGUAUUCAUUCUGGAAAGAAACCAUAUCAGUGUUCAGAGUGUCAAAAAGAAUUUUCUCAAAAACAACAUUUAGUAAGACAUAUGAGAAUUCACACCGGAAAGAAACCAUAUCAGUGUUCAGAGUGUCUAAAAAAAUUUACAGAUAAAACUAAUUUAAUAAAACACAUAAAAAUCCAUUCAAGAUAGAAAUCUCACAAAAACAAACAAUUGACUUAAAACACAUGAGAAGUCAUAUGGAAGAGAAAAAUGUACUGCAAUAGGUGUUUUCCAGCUAUUACAGUACAUGUUCUUGUAAGAUGCAUAGAAAAUGUAUCAUUUACACAGAUAUAAAUUGGUGAAUACUAGGUAUUGAAGAUGAAAACAGAAUCUGGUAAUUAUCUUCCUACAUAAACUACCAUCAGGGACUAAAGAGGAAUUAACUGAACAAAUUAGGAAGAUAGCUGUUUUGAAAGCCUUGAAAAAUCCCAUACCAAUAUGCUUCUAACUGAUUUCAUCCUUCCAAAUGUAAAAUAGAUUAUUAAUAGCAGUAUGGUGUCAGAAUUAGUUCCUAAGCCUGGUAUGUAUAUAUUGGGAACUUUUAAGGUUCUAUUAAAAGCUUUCUUUGUACCAAAAGAUAAAAGAACUUUCAAGAAAUUAAAAUAUGCAGGAUUAUGUCUUCAAGAACAAUGAUAAACUAAUCAAAGAUAUAGAAAUCUCAAAUACAAUACAUUCCAGUCACCACCUCAGGUGAAGUACAGGCAUGCAUAAGUCCAUGUGCAGAAACUGUAAGAAAUAGCUAACAAGAUAAAUUAACUUAAUGAUUCAGAGAAUUGACUGGGGUAAAAUAAAGUAAGAGCCAUCUGACAUUUCCUGGGAAAUAGUCCUGAGCAGCCUUAAUCCAGAUUGGUGCAGGGAAUUUACAGAAGAUAACAAAAAGGGUUCCUGAACUAUUUAAAAAUGAAAAUAUGUCACAACAAAGACAAGAUUACAGUGAGAGUUUACAAGCAUAAAGUAGAAUUUAUAGCAUUUAUACAAGGUGGAAGGGGUUCAAAAAGGAGCAAAAAAUGUCACUCAAUAAAAAAUUCCUAAAUAUUUCUUCACAUAUUCAAAAUCCAUGUCAUAAAAUACCUUUAGAACUGACCCACUUCUUGUAGGAAGUUUAUACUCAGAUAACGAUAGAGAAAUUGACAAAAUCCAGGAUGAAAAGUUUGAGUCAAUGUUCAGUAAACAACUGAACAUCAGGAGAGUUGCUUCAGAUAACUACUUCACUACCUCUGCUUAUCUGUCAAAUAAUAUAUCUGAUAAUAAUUAGAACUGAGUAAGUACUGCAAACUCUGAUCAUACAAUAGAGGGGAAAAGUAAUGUAAAGGACCUGAGAAUGGUAAUAUCUGAGGAUCUCACUUUUAAGGAUCAUAACAGUACUACUAUCACAUCUGCGAGGAAAAUGAUAGGAUGGAUAAUGAGAACAUUCAAAACAAGAUGCCAAGCCGGUGAUGACCCUUUUAAAAUCACUUGUUCUCUCUAGGCUGGAAUACUGCUGUACAUUAACAUCUCCAUUCAAGGCAGGUGAAAUUGCAGAUCUACAAAGAACCUUUACUGCAUGUAUAAGUUCCAUCAAACACCUUAUCUACUGGGAACACUUGGAAGCACUUUACUUGUACUCACUGGAACACAGGCGAGAGAGAUGUAUCAUAAUCUACACUUGGAAAAUUCUAGAAGGAAUGGUCCCUAAUCUGCACAUGGAAAUCACUUCCUAUGAAAGCAAAAGACUGGGUAGGCAGUGCAAAAUACCCUCAGUGAAAAGAAGGGGUGCCAUUGGUGCACUGAGAGAAAACUCAAUAAGUGUCCAAGGCCCAAGAUUUGUUCAACAUCCUCCCACCAGGCAUAAGAGGAAUUACCAAUAGACCCUUGGCUGCCUUCAAGAGAGAGCUGGACAGAUACUUGAAGUUGGUGCCGGAUCAGCCGGGCUGUAGUUUGUAUGUUGGAUUCUGUGUGGCCAGCAGUAACAGCCUGAUUGAACAGGCCCUGAUCCAUGGGAGUCCUGGUCAUGGACCAGGCUGCAGGGAUGUUGAUCCUGGAAUACCUUCCAGGUAGACUUAAACACAAAUUCUUCAGAUUUUUUGAGAAAAAGAGGACUUGUCUGCACAUACGGUGCCUGGACAGGAUUCCUGGAACCCUUUAUGUAUAAUGAAGUGCAAAAAUAUGCUAGUGAUGGUACUGUUCAAAUCACUUAUGUUCUCAUGUCUAGAAUAAUGUACUGUGCUAACAGCUCCAUUCAAGGGAAGAGUAGUAUUAGAGCUAGAAAAUGUUCAGUGAUUGUUUUCUUUUCACAUAGUGCCAAUAGAUCAUUUAAAGUACAUGUAUUAGGAUUGAAGUCCUUGUAAUGUACUCUCUUGAGUGGAGAAGAGAGAGAGAUGUGCUGCCAUUGCUGGAAGUGUAAAACAUAUUUGGUGAAAAGCAGGGCCUCCAUUAAUAACAACAGUGGGGUCAAUAUCCUUGACUCCAAGCUCUUCAGCCUGCUACCAGCAAAUAUUAGAAAUAUUACUGGAACAUAUUUGGAAGUCUUCAUGAGGAAACCCCAAAAAAUUGUCAAGAUAAAUUGCAGGUAUGUAAUGAUACAUCUGAGUAUUUACACAAGAAAACACAUCUUUUCUUAGUGUCAGUAAGUGUUUAUGAAGUAUAUAGUGUGAAGUUAUAUGAUAGUUAUGUAGAACUGCUGAAAAUAGAAACUAAAAACACUGGGAAUAGGAAUUCUUUUAUUAAGAUAUAUUACUCUGUGCUAGGCACUAUUAACCCCUUAACUGUCCAAACGUAGAUCUAUGUUCUCUCACCCAGUGCUCCGAAUAUUUUGAAAAAUAAAAACUUUUUUAACCUGUAAACGGUCCAAACGUAUACAGUGGUCCCUCAAUUAUCGUCCUUAAUCCGUUCCUGGAAGUGGGACUAUUAUCGAAAUAGACGAUUUUCGAAUCGAUUUUCCCCUAAGAAAUAAUGUAAAUCCAAUUAAUUCAUUCCAGACACCCAGAAGUAUCAACAACAAUUUUUUUUUUACCUAAAAGAUAGAUUUACAUGCACAAAAGAAUGAACAUUCAACAUGACAGUCACCUUUAUUGAAGGCUGUUGUUGAUGAAUGGAAGACAGGGAGGAGGAGAGAGGGAAGAGAGGUUAUUUGGAAGGGGAAUCCCCCUCCACAAGGACUCUAGGGCACUAAUAAAAUGUAUAAAUGAACAUUGGUAAUAGGGGUAGUUGAUGAGUGGAACGGUCUGUCUAGUAGGGUGAUUGAAGCUAAAACAUUGGGUAGUUUCAAAUUUAGGUUGGAUAAAUACAUGAGUGAGAGGGGUUGGAUUUGAGUCGGACUUGUACCUGAGCUUAUUGCUUGAGUAGCAUUUGUUCUGUUAGUGGGUUGGAUUUGUGAAGGACCUGCCUAGUAUGGGCCAACAGGCUUAUUGCAGUGUUCCUCAUUUCUUAUGUUCUAAAAGCUAUGGCUUGGGUAGUUUCAAAUUUAGGUUGGGUAAAUACACGAGUGAGAGGGGUUGGAUUUGAGUCGGACUUGCAUCUGAGCUUAUUGCUUGAGUAGCAUUUGUUCUGUUAGUGGGUUGGAUUUGUGAAGGACCUGCCUAGUAUGAGCCAGCAGGCCUGUUGCAGUGUUCUUACUUUCUUAAGUUCAAGUUCUUGAGUUCAAAGGUAAACAAUUCAUGCCAUGCAUCCAAAACACGUCAACUGGUGAGUCUAAUAUUCUUUCACAAGUGUGCUGAUAUCAUUUAUACCAUUUCUACACUAAUGCAGUAGUCUGCAUAACAUAAAUCUUCUAUUUUUUGUGAGAAAAAUUCAAAGUGGAAAGCAAAAGAAAUGUAACAGAGACCUGGGGACAUGAGUAAUGAACAAAGAAAAUGUUAUUUUGGUGCCAGGAAUGUCUGUCUUGUUUAUUCUGGACCCUAUUUGGAAAUUGGCAUCUUUUGAAAUUUGUGUGAAAUUGGCAAAAUUGCCAAUUUCUGACCACUAUUGGAUAGUUGAAAUAGGUAAAUGGGUGGUUUCUUGUACUCAUUCGUUAGAAAAAAUGGAGUUCUAGCAAAAUAGGUAUGAUUUUUGUCGACUGGUACAUUGGAAUUGGCUGAAAAUAGGGCUCAAAGUGGGCGAAAUCCCCGAUGUGUAAACAUCGUCGAGACCACUAACUUCGCGAGAGCAUAAUUCCAUAAGCUUUCCAUCAAAUUUCAUAUUUUUUGUGUCAUUAUGAUUGGGAAAAGAUUCUCUGUCAAAUCAUAAGAAAAAAUAACUUUUUUUUUUUUUUUGAAAAAUUUCCAACCCUGAGAACAAGUUUAGGAGAGGGCCUGCCGACCCUGAAAGGGUUAAAUGAGCGAGAAAUUCAUUGCCUCAAAGAGGCAGAAGGUUUCCCCUAUGCUAUCUUUGCCUCCAAGGAAGACUACCCCAUAUUUCUUAUUCUCGUGUUUCUAAACGUCCCCCCACCUUUGGAGUCACAUCUUCUGCAGCCUCCUCUGGGAUUACCCCUUCCAUAGUCACUCCUGUGUCUAAUUCUUUUGCUGUCCUGGACUCAGAAGCCCCUACCUCAACACCUCAGUCUGUUCUCACUUCAUGCUCUUCCUCAUAAGUUCCGGUAUCGACAAGACAUCAUACAACACCACCUCCCAAUCGCCCCUCUACUUCUCAGAAGUCCCAAAAAUCCCCAUUGCUCAAAUCUCCUUUAACUCUUCCUUCCCUUUUUCUACCUCCACAUUUUACCUUUCCAGUCUCUGUACCUGGUUCUUCACCUCUCGCUGGCUCUGUUACAAGUGUGGAGGUUCACCCUCCUCCUCAUACUGUACCUUCUUUCCCUGCCCCCUCCCAGGUUUCUUCCUCUUCUGUCUCCUUCCACACUUCUUCUCCAGUUCCCUCUACCCUUUUGUCCUCCCCUACUUUGGUACAGUCCAUUGCUGUCCCAAUCAUUACUCACCCUCCUCCUCCUAUCUCCAAUAUUGUCUCCCAUACAAUGUCUUUGUCUUCCAAAACACUUGAAGCUAUCUCAGAAUAUACUGAAGAGACUAAACCAUCAAUGGACACUGAUCCACCUCCUGUUCCUCCUCUUCCCUCUCCUCCAUCUCUGCAACUCUUAUCUUCGCAGCGCUCCAUUCCUUCGCUCCUUAAACGUUUUCUUCUACCGCCACAUGGACUUUUCUAACCCCUCUAGUCCGUAGGUACCGUUACCUGCAGAUUUCUUGCAUUUUUCUCAUUACCAGUCAUGGCCUAUUUACAGUGGAAUAUCCAUGGCCUCAGAGAUAAUCGGGGUGAGCUUCAGAUGUUGCUCUCCCGGUUUUUCCCUGUUGGUGUUUGCUUACAAGAACCAAAAUUAUACUCUGCUGUUAUCCAUCCCCUCUCAGGCUAUAAUUUAUUGUAUUCUUCAGAUCUUUUUUCUGAUGGAACCUUUAAUGACAGUACCCUUCUUAUAUGCACUGAUAUUCCGUACUGUCAGCUAUUUGUUCAUACUUUGCUGCAUUACACUGCAGCCUGUAUCCACGUGCAUAAGUGGUAUACAAUCUGUUCUUUGUAUCUCUCUCCUUCUCAGGCAUUAUCUAUCCUGGAUAUUGCCUUUCUUGUUUCGUCCGUACCACCACCACUUCUGUUACUUGGCGAUUUUAAUGCCCACCACUCCCUCUGGGGAUCUCACUGUGACUCCCGUGGCAUUCAGUUGGAGGCUUUUCUUGUUUCUCACCCCCUCCAUGUUUUAAAUAUGGGUUCUCCCACCCAUUUUGAUCAUCACAUUCAUACUAUCUCUUGCAUCAAUCUCUCGGUCUGCUCUUCUUCCACUGCACCAGACUUCACCUGGUCUGUCCUCCCAGACUUACACGACAGCAAUCAUUUUCCAAUCAUUCUUACUUCUUCAUAUUCAACACCUCUUCAUAGCCCACACUGCAAAUUGGGACCUUUACUCGCAACUAACUGCUUUUAGUGAGGUUCCUUCUUCGUCCUCCAUUGAUGAACGUUUACACCUCUUCUCGACCUCAGUUUUAACCAUAGCUUCUCAUUCUAUACCCCAAACCUUGGGCAGGCAUUCUCAAAAGUGCAUGCCUUGGUGGUCUCCUGCUUGUGCUCGGGCAGUACGUUUGAAAUGUCCUACAUGGGGCAGGUACUGGUACAAUAAAACCACAGAGAGACUUGAUUUUAAGCAGAAGUGAGCUGUCACUCGCUGUGUCAUCCAUGACACUAAAUGCACUUGCUGGUGAGAUUAUGUUUCCACCAUCACCUCUGCUUCCUCUAUGAGUGCAGUCUGGAAAAAAGUACAGAAACUGAGUGGUAAAUACUCUCCUGACUCGGCUCCUGUUCUGCAGGUUGCCGGUGUUGAUAUAGCAAACCUUCUUGAUGUUGCCAUUGAAAUUGGUAAUCAUCUGAUCCGUAUUUCUCAGGGGCUCCAUCUAUUCCCCUCUUUUCUUUCCUCAAAGUCUGCCAGAGAGUUAGCACCCUUAGACUUUUCUUCUCUCAAAGAAGAAUCUUAUAAUGUGCCUUUCACACUUCAGGAACUGGAGGCUACACUCUCAGCUUGCCGAUCAUCGGCAGCUGGGCCUGACGGCAUUCAUAUUUGGAUGUUACAACAUUUACAUCAGUCAGCCCUUGCAGUCCUCUUACAACUCUUCAAUCUUACUUGGUCACAAGGAGUUCUUCCCCAGCUUUGGAAGUCUGACAUUGUUCUCCCUUUCCUCAACCCAGGUACUACGAGAUAUGAUGCCUCCCACUAUCGUCCCAUUGCUCUUACCAGUGCAGUUUGCAAAGUGAUGGAACAUCUGAUAAAUCAACGUUUAACCCUUAAACUGUCCAAACGUAGAUCUACGUUUGCACGUGUAGUGCUCCAAAUGUAGAUCAAUAUUUUAUUUUUCAUUCCUUCAAAUUUGGCACAAUAGGCUUGAGUCACCUAGACAUGAAAGAAUGGGUCUGUGCACUCAGUGUGUGCACUAUUAAAAUAAUCUGGGAGGACUUGGUAUCUUGUGGGAGCACCAGUUCAACUGAGCACCAGCUAGAGCAAAUAGCAUGGCAAACACCAGGGAUUCACUGAUGCCAUGUUGGAUUAACACUCCCAUUUUAAGAGGAAAGUAAAAAUAGGUUAGAUAAAUACAUGAGUGUGGGUGGGUGUGAGUUGGACCUGACUAGCUUGUGCUACUAGGUCUGUUGUCAUGCUCCUUCCUUCAAUGGAUGUGACCUGACUAGGUGGGUCAUUUGUCUAUGGCAGGGGGGGGGGAGUGUAACAUGUACCUGCCUUGCAUGUGCCAGUAGGCCUACUACAGUGUUCCUUCUUUCUUAUGUUCUUAUGUAUUCGGCAGGCUGACCAGCAGGCUUGCUUUGGCCGUCUCUGGCUGUCUCUCUGUCUAUAUCUCUAUCUUUCUAUAUCUCUGUCUAUAUCUCUAUCUAUAUAUCUGUCAGUCUAUAUAUCUAUCUAUCUAUAUCUCUGUCUAUCUUUAUCUGUCUCACAUGUACACAUAAGUACAGUUAUUAUACAUAGUGUAAAUUACCUAGGAUAAUCCAAAAAUUCCAGGCAAAGAUAGACAGAUAGAUAGAUAGACAGACACACAGACAGACAGACAGACAGAAACAUGUUUGUGUGUAUCAGUGAAAACAAAUAAAGCCAGGGUUCCCCGGAACACCCAUUCAUCAAAUGUCACCGAGCUGAUAACAUAUGUCAUAACAUGAUUCUUCAAGGAGUUUGAUAUCCUAUACUCCAAGCAGACAGAAAGACAGAUAAGCAGAGACAGACAGAGACAGAUAGAUAAACAAACCAUACC